CCGGGUCCGCGGGCCGCCCCCCCUCCCCCCCCCCGAUGGAGGCCCCGGGCCCGGGCCGGUUCCUGGAGGCGUUGGGUCGCGUGUGGCAGGUGCAGAGACGCCUGGGCAGCGGGUCGUCGGCCGCCGUGUACCGGGUGCGCUGCUGCGGGGAGCCCGGCCUGCCCCCCGGGGCCCUGAAGCGCUUCCUGCCGCCGCCCGCCGGACCCGGGGCCGCCGCCCACGCCGCCGCCGACUACGGCUUCCGCAAGGAGCGGGCCGCGCUGCAGCGCCUGCAGGGACACAGGAACAUCGUGACCUUGUACGGAGUGUUCACCAUCCAGACCUCUCCAAGCGUGCCGUCGCGCUGCCUCUUGCUCGAACUCCUCGACAUCAGCGUCUCCGAGCUCCUUCUGUAUUCCAACCACCAGGGCUGCUCCAUGUGGAUGAUCCAGCACUGCGCCCGGGACGUGCUCGAGGCCCUGACCUUCCUGCACCGCCAGGGCUACGUCCACGCCGACCUCAAGCCCCGCAACAUCCUCUGGAGCGCCGACGGCGAGUGCUUCAAGCUCAUCGACUUCGGGCUGAGCUUCAGGGAGGGCAAUCAGGACGUGAAGUAUAUCCAGACGGACGGGUACCGGGCCCCCGAGGCGGAGCUGCAGAACCGCCUGGCGCAGGCCGGGCUGCCGGGGGGCGCGGAGUGCACGGCCGCGGUGGACUUGUGGAGCCUCGGGGUCGUCCUCCUGGAAAUGUUCUCGGGGAUGAAGCUGAAGAACGCCGUCCGCUCUCAGGAAUGGAAGGCGAACAGCUCCGCCGUCAUCGACCACCUAUUUGCCAACAAAGCGGUGGUGAACGCGGCGGCCAUCCCGGCCUACCACCUGAGGGACCUCAUCAAAAGCAUGCUCCACGAUGACCCCGCGCGGAGAAUUCCGGCCCGAGCGGCGCUCUGCAGCCCCUUCUUCAGCAUCCCCUUCGCCCCCCACAUCGAGGACCUGGUGUUGCUCCCGACGCCGGUCCUCAGGCUGCUGAACCUGCUGGAGGAGGAGGACCUGGAGAACGAAGAGGAGUACGAAGACAUCGUGGAGGACGUGCGUGAGGAGUGCCGGAAGUACGGGCCCGUGGUGUCUCUGCUCGUCCCCAAGGAGAGUCCUGGCCGAGGCCAGGUGUUCGUGGAAUACGAGAACGCCGGCGAUUCCAAAGCUGCCCAGAAGCUGCUGACCGGGAGGAUUUUUGACGGCAAGUUUGUGGUGGCCACCUUCUACCCGCUGAGUGCCUACAGGAGGGGCUAUCUCUACCAAACCUUACUUUAGCUGGCGGCUCGGGCGGCCGCCCCGCCCGCCCUCCUUCCUGCGUCUCCCUGGCUACCGCCGGCCACCCGUGAGCAGUGCCGCCGCUUCCCAUUCCGCUGGGCGGGGAGGGGGGACUGGGGAAACCGACCCCGAUGGGCCCGAGCGCCGCCCGAGCCGCCUCCGCUCCGUCGGGACCGGGGUGGGGCGGGCCCCGGCGCCCGGCGCCGAGGGCGCGGGUCCUCGCUGGCGUCCCCGGGGGAUCGUAGACUCCGCUGGCGCGGGGCUCUCCGCCGGUGGGUCGAGGGCGGCCCGAGGCUUGGUGACCGCCUGCGGCCGAAACCGGUCAGGUGCGACCUCUCCCCCCCCUCCCGGCCUCCCCGCCUCCCCCGCCGGCCCGGGGUCCCUCAGUGGCCGGGGUCGUGGGUGCCCGGGUGGCCGCCACCCCGAGCUCUGUCCGCUUUUCCUCUGUCGGAGAACUUCGGUCCUGAAUAUUCCUUCGACGACUGCAGCGAGCCCGUCCGAACCCUUUUUUAUUAAGGCUUUACUGAUCUCGCACAAUUUUACCCUCGGAUGUGAGCGUGAGUGGCUUUGUGUGCGCGUGUGUGUCCGUGUUUGCGGGGUGCGUGAGCGGGCCUCCCUCCGUCCCGGCGCCGGUCGAGUGUCUCGUGUAAGCCGGAUUGGUUCCGGGUCUGGACCCGGGUACCCUCGAGGCGGGUUUGAGAGCAGGGGAGCGAGCGGGGAGCAAAAAGGGAUUUGUUUGGUUCCAGAGAGGCGCUGAGCCCCAGAGGGAGGCAGGGGACCAGGGAGGGAGAGGGGAACCAGGCUCUUGCCCAGAGAAACGUUCCGGAGCGUCUUGAGGAGGGUGGUGGGCAUCUUACCGUGAGUGAAGGGGAAGGGGGCCUGGGCCGGAGGACCCUCUGCCCGCACCCGCCGCGGUCCUGACUCCCGUGCUUCCGGCCCGGGUCCUCGGGCGAAGCGCCUUCCCGGCGGGGUCGGGUCAGGGCCGGGGCAGGGUCGGGGGCGCCGGACCCGAUGAGGAGCCGAGGGGAGAGGCAGGAUGGGCUGGGGUUUUUAAGAGGGUAGGGAAUCCCGGUGGUCCGGUCCGGCAGCGGGACGGAAGUGGGGAACGGGGAGCCUCCCGUCUCCCCCGUUGCCCUGAAACCCACGGUAGCGAGCGCGAAAAUACAGGCCACCGGCACGCGCGGUCACCAGAGGCCACGCUGCCUCCACCUUCUGGGGCAGGGCAGCCGGAGAGCUACGGAGGGAGGCCUGAUUCCAAACGAUCAGUGGUGUUUAUUGAGUGCUUCCUGUGUGCAGAGCACUGUACUGGGCGCUCAACAAGCCACCGGAACCCGGGAGCCUUCUCCCAUCGCGGUAGGGUUUCCUUAGGGCGCCGAGACCUCGGGGCGCAGGGUUCCGGGGUGCCCCCCUACCUCGGGACCCUCGGGGUCGGUGGUCUCGGGCGGACGAGACGUCACGGCUCCUUCUCUGGACGGACCCUCUCCGUCUCGUAUCCGUUGGGUUUCUCAGCGGCAGUCGGUCAUACGCCCCUCUUGGGGCACGGCAGGUUCCGGCCCCCGCAGGUGCGGGCUCGAUGAAGCGGACUCCGGGCCGGUGGAGAAGUGGCCGUUUCAGGCUGCCCGGCAAUCAGCCGGUGAAUCGAGGGUACUGAUGGAGCACCGACCGUGUGCGGAGCACCGUACUAAGCGCUUGGGAGAGUACGACGCAGUAGAGUUGGUAGGCCUGAUCCCCGAUUGCCCGCGGAAAAGCGCAGCCGGGGGUGAAACUGCCGUGCUACCGGGACCGGGGGAGGGGUCCCGGGCCGGGCCACCCGCUUAGCCCACACGGUCGGCCGCUUCACCUCCCGCCUUGGGCGGCGUCCUUGUCCCCACCCCCCUAACCCCAGACCAGGUCAGGCCGUCGCGCCGGAUUCCUCUUCCAAAACCGGCUGCGUCCGACGUUCCCGGGGGAGGGAGGGGGCCCCUUGGCUCUCCCCGAUCCUCAUGCGGGCCUCCAGCCGGGAGACCCGAUGGCUUCGGGUGGGCGUUGGGUGAAGCCCGCCCUCUUCUUGCCCCAGCUUCCCAUCCCUUUCCUUGUCUGGCCUCGCGUCUCUCUUGCCCGCCCGGGCGGGACUCGUCUCAGAGCAGGUAUCCGGGGGAAGGUCCGACCGCACAGGCCGCCCACCCUGAGCCGGCCCAGGCGGUCCUGCUGGUCAGGACCGCCGCCAGACGCCCCCCCCCCCCCCCCCCCCGGCCGGGACACGGCACCUCUCGCCGAGCGGCCUGCGGCUCCGGUGGCCGUUGGCGCUCUGCCGUGGCCAAGCGGAGAGGGAAGGAGCCGGAUCUCGGUCUUGUUCUGCGGGUGAAAUUAAUCCCCUCAAGCUCUGCGCUCCCCGGCUGGCGCCGGGCUCUCCGGGCCGUCGAGCGGGAUCGGAAACCCCUGCCCCUGCCUCUGUGGGGUCACCCGGAUCGUGGGUCGCCCCUCUCGGGCCCGGCCGCCCGGGCUCAGUAGUCGUCGGAAAUGGGAAGUUGCCACUUCCGGCGACCUCUCCCAAGCGCUCCGCACACAGGAAACGCUCAGUAAAUACGGUUGACCGCGCGGUGAAGGCGGCGUCCGCACUAGCUGCAAAGGAGUAGCACCUUAUUGUCGGAGGGAAGCGUGUGCGUGUCCGUGUGUCCGUGUCCGCACGUAUGGAGAAGUGUAGUCUCGUGCAUGGUGAGCUGCGUGGAGUCAUCCCCUCUGCAGACCAGGAAGCUGGUCAUUCCCUCUCGGUCCCUAGUGUCGUCGUGCCGGGCGGGCAUCCGAGUGGCCCUCCUGCCCCUCCUGCCCCCCCUUCCCUCCCUCCUAUCCCCAGGGGGUCGCCUUCUGCCAGGUCCGGCUGUGGUGUGCGGGUGGAGACCCGCCCCAGGGAUUCCAGGAAUAUGGAACUGCCCCCCGGAAGGGAGUAGGCCAGAGGCUGAGGAAAGCUUAGACCCGAGCCCGGUGCAGGGAGUGGUUUUUUGCCCCUCCCGUCGGGGACCCCUCCCUGUCCGGAUUCCACGGCCAGGCGGGCGGUGCCCGGGGCUCCCCCCCAACCCCCACCCCGAUUGCCGGCGGCGGCCCCGGUGCCCGGCGGCCGUGCCUCCGCCCGUCCGGCUCCCGGGAGGGCCGCGUGAGCGAGAGGGGCGGCCGGCGUCGAUUUCGAGCGUCGGGCCGGCCACCGGGCUUGGACUCGGAAGCGGUCGGAACCGUGACCUCGGGAAGCCCGCCGUGGUCCCCAGGCCUCCGGUGGCGCGGGGGGAGGCGAGGGAGGGGGUUGUGGUCCCGCCGCCCUCCCCCCCAGCAGAUGAUCCUUCCCGCCUGCCUCCAACCCAUCGGGGCGCAAGGACGCUAAAGGUGCACAAACUACUGAUCUGGAGGCCAGUCUUCCCAGCGCUCCGCUCUGAGCCUCGCCUCCGUCUGCCCCGAAGGCCGGGGGCGGCGCCGUUCGGAGCGGCCGCCCGGGUAGCCCGGAGCGGGCUUUGUCAUCGGCCUCGCCGUGGGCCCACAUGCCCUGCCCGGUUUCGCCGUACACCACCUUCCUCCCGCGCGGCGCCCCGUCGUCCCGUCUCCCGAAAUCUGCUUGGCGAGGGUGACGAAAUAAAGCUUAAGGAAGCGA